AUGGGGGAGGGCGGGGCGCCCCCAGCCCGCGCGCCAUUGGCGGCCUCACAGUGCGGCCACGGAGGAGCGCGCGGCCCCCACAGAGGAGCGCGCGACCCUCACAGAGGUGCACGCGGCCCCCACAGAGGAGCGCGCGGCCCUAAGGGGGCGGGGUUAUGGCCUCGAGGGGCGGGGCCGGGAGGGUGGGGCGCCCCCAGCCCGCGCGCCAUUGGCGGCCUCACAGUGCGGCCACAGAGCGCGCGACCCUCACAGCUGUGCACGCGGCCCCCACAGAGGAGCGAUCGGCCUAAGGGGGCGGGGUUACCGCCUCGAGGGGCGGGGCCUGGAGGGCGGGGCGCCCCCCAGCCCGCGCGCCAUUGGCGGCCUCACAGUGGAGCCACAGAGGAGCGCGCGGCCCUAAGGGGGCGUGGUUACCGCCUCGAGGGGCGGGGCCAAGGGGGAGGGCGAGGCGCCCCCAGCCCGCGCGCCAUUGGCGGCCUCACCGUGCGGCGGCCACCGAGGAGCGCGCGGCCCCCGCAGCUGUGCACGCGGCCCCCCACAGAGGAGCGCGUGACCGGAAUUUUUGGAAUAAUUACAAUCAAUUGGUACAUUCUAAGGCUAUAUCCUGCCACAGGUGGUAAUAUUUGGGGUUUGGUGCUUUUGCUGGGGGAAGAUCUGCCCUAUUGGCCUCAGAGGAGUGAAGCAGAUGGAGAAAACACAAACAAUGAAAAGGUUUUCCCCCAUAUUUUGGGGGAGAUGGCAGCCCUUCAGCUGCCAGCCCCUCUGCCCGGCCUCCCCGCUCCUGCCCCCGCCGACCGCCCGCCCCAGGACCCCGGCUCCGAGCUCCCGGCCCAAGCCCCUGCCCAGGGGAACCGACCUCCGCCGCCCCCCACCCUCCCCAAAGUCCCGCAGCCGGAGCCUGCUGGACCGCGCAUCUUCCCGGAGCCGGCCUCGCCCGCACAACGCGCUUUGUUGUUGGCCAGGUACGUUCCGUCCACCCUCCCUUCCCGCAACGACCCCUCCCCUAACCCCCUUCCCGCAGCCAUCCACCCCAGCUGGACCCUACAGGCCUGGUGGCUCCGGGGAAAGUGA